UCCAAACAAAAAAAAUAUCUCCAAUUGCUGCUCAUACUCUCUUUCCUUGGUCGGGACGACGAGAAGAGGGAGGAGAGAGAAAUGGCGAAAUUCUCGCUGUUGGGAGACGAAGAAGACGACGAAGGUCCAAGUUGUCCUGCUCUUAAGAGACCUCGCUUUGAUUAUGCUGCAACCCCCUUCUCCAGCGACGAAGACAACGAACCACCUCGACGACAAGAAGAGCAAGAAGAAGACGACGACGUUCAAAUCGACGGCGAAAACGACGAUUUCAUUAUUACUUCACCACGUUUACGAGGUGAAUGGAUUACAGAAGACGGAGCCGGAGAAGAAAACUCAGAGCUUAAUGUCGAUUCCAUUUCUGCCGAUGCCAACCAGGAGGAUCCUCGUCCCCUUUCGACUAACUCGGAUCGCUCGAUUUCCGUUUUCUUGACCGAUCCUGAUGUGCUCGAUUGCUGUAUUUGCUUCGAGGCCUUGACGGUUCCUGUUUUCCAGUGUGAGAAUGGACAUAUAGCCUGCUCUUCCUGCUGCACUAAACUAGGAAAUAAAUGUCCCUCCUGCUCAUGGCCCAUUGGCUAUAACCGUUGCCGGGCAAUCGAGAAGGUUCUGGAAUCAGUCAAAAUUGCAUGCCAAAACAAGCAGUAUGGUUGUAAAGAAAUGGUUAGUUACAGUGAGAUAAAGGACCAUGAAACGACAUGCACACACGCACCUUGUUCAUGCCCUCUUACUAGCUGCAAUUUCAUCUCCUCCGCCAAGCAGUUAUACCAACACUUUCGCAGUCAACACGCCGAUUCUGCUGUGCUUUUUCAGUAUAACUGUGAUUUUACUGUCACACUGAAUGAGGGUGACAAGUUUCUUGUUCUUCAAGAACGUGAUGGUGGUGGCUUAUUUAUCCUUAACAAUGAAACUGAAACCCUAGGAAAUUUAGUCUCCGUUAGUUGUAUAGGGCCCUACUCAUUUGGAAAAAGCUAUUAUAAUCUGCUAGCAAAAUGUGAUGGAAACACUCUCAGACUAGAGUCUUUUGCGACGUGCACUCAGGGCCAGGCUGAUUACUCUCUAUCAUCAGUAUACCUCCUUAUUCCACCUGGUUUUUUUGGUUCUUCUGGCCAGCUCAAGUUGGAUCUCUUCAUAGAACGUCACGAUCAAUCUCCUGGAUGCUCUGAAAGAAGUGUUGAGGCUGCUUAACACGAGCUCAAGUUGGAUCUCCCGCAUGCUCUGAAAGAAGUAUUGCGGCUGCUUAACACGAGUCAACCAUUUGUAGUUAGAGUUGUACAUGAUUUUUAGAUUUUAGAAGAUGAACUGUAUUUGAAUAUCAUGUUAUUGUGUUCAAAGAGGAUAUUGUCAGCCUUUUGCACGUAGUGUUAAUUCAUCUUUGACAAAUAUCAGGGCAUUAUCAGUGUUAAUUGCCUGAUUUUAUUAUUUGUCAAACUUGACUAAUUGACUCUAA